AUAUAUAUAUAUAUAUAUAUAUAUUGUACACAUUUUCCCCAAAUUCAUGUACAGAUCAAUGUUAUACCACCAUUGAAAAGCUAAAAUCACUUGACAGCCAUUUCGUCUUACUAUGGAAUUCAUUAGCAACACACAUCCUGGGCUCUCCAAGAGGGUCUCGCUCAUGAUUGCUUAACCCCUUGACCACUGCGCUAAGAGUGUUUACGCGCGAGACUGAAGAUCUUGGGUCCUAUUCCUGCUUUCGGACUCUAGGAUGCGCAUUGCUGAUGAACUCCGUACAAAGACGAAACGGUUAUCCAAUAUUUCUAGGUUUUCAUUUUUGGUUUAACAUUUAUCUGUCCAUAAUUCCAAUGAAACUCAAAAAUCUCCUUAACUCUAUGAGAGUUUCUAAAUGUUUAUGUUCAUCGCAAAUUCUUGGAUUUGUAAGAGCUGUAAUAUUGUUUGAGUGCCGAAAACGAAGAAGGUGCAUUUCUCAGGAGGGCACUUCAAGCCUUUGACCUGGAGGUCUAAUCCACAGAGCAGGACAGUGACGUUAGAAGAUCGAGUUUCGUGGUAGGCAGUAACCAACGAAUUAAAUAAAUUACAACGAUUUAAUCCAUCAUCAUGAAUUGACUUCUUUCCACACCGCAGCAAGUAUUCGCUUGUGUAGCGUGUAUACGAGUGGUUUGCGUUGUUGUAUUCAGCAAUUCGUUGAUUGUUUGUAAAUAGUAUUGGCUUAGGAACUUUUUCAAUCUCUUUUUAAAUAAUUUAUGCUAACAAUCUUGGUUUUUGAAUUAGAAAUUCUCCUAACCUAUUUACACUCACUUUAUUUAUUUCUUCAGGCUAGAUGAUCAAAUCUUCAUUGUUGUGUAAAGACAAAAAUUUGCUAUUUCCAAUUAUUUUAUGAUAUACUUCUCAGAUAAGUUUUGAACAGUUUAAAAAUGGCUGCAUGUGUGGCAGUAAUUUCCGAUACUAACCAAUUGCUUUAUUUACGAACUGCUGAGUGUCCUGAUCCUUUAUUUUAUCAUUUUAAAGCACAUUCUGCUUUGGAUGUUAUAGAAGACAAGUUAUGCAAACGUACAACUUCUAGUGGUAAUCAUGAUCAAUUAGAACAAUAUUUAGGACUUUUAUAUCCUAUGGAAGACCACAGAAUUUAUGGUUACGUGACUAAUACAAAAAUCAAGUUUAUUAUGAUUUUCGAGUCACAUGUUUUGUCUUCUCAAUCCAUUCAAUCGCAUGUAUCGAUUCAUCAAACACAUCCUCGAGAUGUAGAUAUUCGAGCAAUGUUUCAACGUCUACACGCUGCUUACAUUAAUUUAGUUUGUUCACCAUUUUAUCAACCGGGAACACCUAUUGAACCGGAAAAAUUAACUGCAGCUCAUCGAUUUGAUCAAUGCAUCUCUGCACUUUUAGCUGCCCAUGCUAGUUCUGGCUACUGUUCAACAUUUGCUAAUCUAAUCGAUGAAAGUAAAACACCUACUGGUGAAAGUGUAACAACAACAACAAUGUGAUUUUUUUGUUUUAUAAAGGUUUAUUACUCUUAUGUAUAAAUUUCUUACUUUAUUAAAUAUAACUUAAUUUUUAU